AUGGCCGGUCUGAAGAAGAUGGCGCUUCUGGACGCGCAGCGCGCCCCGCCGGCGUGGCUGCGUCGGCUUCUGGAGACGGACUUCUUCGAGCCGUGCCCGGAGCACGCGGGCGCGUGCCGCUCGACGAGGAGCGCCGGCUGCUGCAAUUUCUUCUGUACCAACUGCGCUGGCGGCGCCCUCUGCUCCGGAUGCCUCGGCGGCCACGCAGGACACGAAAUCAUCCAGAUACGGAGGUCUUCAUCCCAUUGCCUUGUGAAGGUGGCCGACCUGCAACACCUGCUGAACGUGUCCCAGGUCCAGACCUACGUCAGCAACGGCGAGCCAGCGGUCUUCCUGGACAAGCGGACCAUUUCGGGGAAUGGGAAGCCUGGCGCAACCAAGUGCGAGGAAUGCGGUCGGGGUCUCCACGAUGCGGGCUGCCUCUUCUGCUCGCUCGGAUGCAAGGCUAAAGGAAUAAAGGACCUGCUUGAUUUCAGCAUAACAUUUGCUGUUGAUCCAAGAAGCGAAAGAUCCGAAGAAGAGACAGAAUCAGAAUCAGAAUCAGAAUCAGAACCAGAAUCGGAAUCGGACGAUGACGACUCAUUCCAUCCAACCAAGUCUCGGAAGCUUGGAACCUUGCCAGGGCCUAGGCAGGUUACUGCUAGAGGACACCAGUCUGGGUAG